GCCCCGAGAUGACGUAAGGAGGAGCGCUUCUGCUGUUGAGGUUGCCAAGUCCAGAUUCCGGUGAGAGCGCUUUGAGUUGAGGAGACAGAGGGACGGAGCGACACAGGACACGGACGCUGGACCUCACUGCCACAUUUCAGGUACGUCCAUAUCCCUUCACACUGCUAGGAAACAAAACUUUUAACCUAGUCUCUCUGAAAAAAGGCAGCGUUAGAGCUCGUGUUGAAGCAAACGUUCAGUUUACGUUAACGGUCGCUUUAACGUCAAUUCACCGUCUGCUGAAGAUGAACUGUAGGUGGACGGGUGAGUGACUUUGAUAGACUACCGUGAGUCUUUUUAAAAGAUGGGGCGAAAUGCUGAAGUUGCCGUUUUUGUCAGGCGUAUGUUUAACCCCAUUCACAUUAAGAGGACCUCUAGUGAAGCUGCAGUUUCGGAGAUGCUGAAUUUUUGUCAAAAGAAAAACAUAGCAAGCCCUUUCAGUUUGUCGGUGUUGUGUUUUCAGGGAGCCCUGACGGUGUUUCAGUUCAUACAUCAGAAAUGGCGGGAAGGUUUUCUCAUUUAACAUGCAAGGGUGUGUUGUUUUCCACUGCUUAACCUUUUUUUGUUUUUAACUCUUUUUUAUUUGGUCCCCAAAUUCUGUUUCACACCUCUUCUCUCUCUAUCCUUCUCUGACUGACUCUCUCACCACACCUCUACUCUCCGCCCUCUCCCCCUCCUCUUUCUCUUUCCCUUUCUCUUUAAUAUAUACGCUCCUCCAACUUCUCUGUCAAUGAGAUGAUGUAAGGAGAAGUUAGUCUGCUGAUCACUUAAUAAACCCACUUGGAGAGGAGAUUUGUUGUGCGUCAUUGACACCACCUGACCAAUCACAGUGUCUGCUAACAUCUUUGUGUUUGCCUGUCUGCCACUGAGAAGCUACAGAGAAGUUGAUUGCUGGGGGGGGCUGCAGGUUUGGAUGGAUUAGGCAGAUAUUUGGAUAGGAUUCUGAUUCCUUUAGUAGCUAAUGUCAAAAGACUAUAGAGGAAAAAUCAGGGAAUUACAAAGUGCUUCCUCUGUUAAAAUGCAUUUGUGUUCACCCGCCACUGCAAGAGCCUGCACUGUGAUUUAUUGCUGAUUACUGUACUUAAUGUAUUAGUUAUAUUGGAUUUGUUAUUUUUUUAGCUGCAUUUCGGUCAGGGCUGGGCGAUACAACCGUACCGAUAUAUAUCGAAAAUUAAUUUCCCUCAGUAUCAAUAUAAAACAUGGUCAAUAUCCCUUUUAAUAGUCAGCAUUUUGCCGUGUUUUGGUAGACUAUACGAAUAGCGGAUAAAAAGGGGAGUUGCUCCGGGUCCGUUUUGCGCUGAAUCAAUCAUGCGCUGAAUUAGAACCAAAUAGCAAACAACUGUGUUGUAGCAGGGUGCAGCAACUAUAGCACUUUAACACGUAAAGCCGACAGCACUGUUGGUGAGAAAAAAAGAAAAUGAGUGCUACCCCGCGACAGAAAUGCAGAUGAAGGCUCAACAGAUGAUGACAUCGUCAACCACACUGGCAUGAUAACAUCGAUGGUGUGGAGGUUUUUUUUUUUUUUAGGUCGGACAUAAAGCAGAGUAAUGUGCACUGCAAAUUAUGUCGAGUACAUGUUCUCACAAAGUCGUGGAAUACCUCAAAUCUUUUCCACCACCUGAAGCAGUGCCAUGCAGCAGAGUACACGCAAUGAAAAAGGUCACAAACCCCGAGCAGAGCAAGGAGCCCGUGGCGCCUGUGCAUCCAAAACAGCCGACCAUUCAGUCUGCUUUUUCUAGCGCACCGUCUUACGACAAAACGUCGAAGAGACACAAAGACCUCACAGAUGCAGUAGCUUAUUGAACUGUAAAAGACAUUCUACCAAUAAGCACUGUUCAAUUUCAUUCUUUAUAUUGUGAUAUAUAUAUCGAUAUCGGAAAAAAAAAUUGUGAUAAACUUUUUCACAAAUCGCCCAGCCCUAAUUUCAGUACUCAUUAGUUUCCUGAUCAACCCCAAGAGGUCCUAAAUAAAAAAUGUGUGCCAGGGGAAAAGUGCUUACUGUCUGUGAAAACCAAAUAAUGCUGUAUCACAAAUCAAAUUCAUUAGGAUCCUUCUGCAGCUCUGACGGCAAAAAUAGACAAGUGAUGCAGACAUGCAAGCGCCUGACCUUCCAAAGCCCUUAACACAGGAAGAUGUAAUUAUUCCAAAAACAAUUUGCUUCCUAAUAUAAGUAGAGAAUCUGGUUUGAUGAGAAUGCAUCCUCCGGCAAGGCUUGAGUCAGCACUCAUAGCUUGGUAGCAGUAUUCCUCACAGUGUGAAGCUGACAGUAAAGAGAAGCUGAGAUCAGUGUGUGCUGUUGUUGUGUAAAACAAGAGAACCAGUUUGUUACUUUGAGACACAAACUAUCCAGUUUCAAGAUGAUGAGUGGGUUUGUUUCGCGACGUGUUUAAUGACUCAGUUUUUUCUGUUUUUAUUUGUUCAUGUGUCUGGUUUUAAUUUGAAAUGUGUCUUGUUUGAAUUUGUUUGUGCACAUGUGUAUAAGUGUUGCUAAGGUUUUCACACCAUUGCAAAUGAAAUUUCAUACUCAGAAAGCCUAACUGUAUGUCAUUCGUCACAUGUUAACUCUGGUUGUGUGUACCUGUAUGUGAAUGUGUUUAUGUGUUUCUUCUGUCCACUGCACAUCACAGGAAUGGGAAACCAGUGAGUACAGCGGCUCUCUUCUGUGUAAACCUUAAACAAGGGUGAAUGUUGCAUGUCACAUACUAUACUCAGGGAAUGUGAUGAUUCCGGUAGAGUGCGUCUCCCUAGCUCAAGCCUCUUCAAUCCUGUCGCUUCUUGUUUUAUUUUACUUUUCAGCAGCUUAUCUUCACCCACUAGUCAACAAUCAUGUCAUCAGUGGACAUGGAGGGGCUGUGUUCGCCCUCUACAUGCUCACCAGAUACCCGCAUGUUGCUCUCCUCUACUCUCCCACAUUUUAAAACUGUGCCCUCACCUGCCCCUACGUGUUUUACACUUGAACCCGAAUCUACGGUUUAAAGCUGUUUAUUCCUUUUUGACAUACAACAGUCUUCCUUCCACAAUGUCAUCAACAGCUCUCAUAAUUGAAAUGUGUUAUUUAAAAUGUGAUGUGAGGAUACACAAUAAAAAAUGUACCCAGGUGUUAUAUAGCAUACUUCGUUGCAUGUUGCUGUUUUCUGGGUUGCUAAAUGUUAAGUUGCAAUAUGAACACAACCAGCAAAAAAGCAAAGGUUUUUGUGUUCAUGGGUUUUCGGCGACUUUGAUGUUGAAUAUUCUCAAUGCAUGAAUUACCAUGAAUCUCCAUGAAUCUCCAUGUGAGCAAGAUGAGAUGCCACAAUCAAGCAGUGUGAGAGGUGUUUUCACUCUUUUUUUUCAUACUUAGUGCCCUCAAAACUAUACAUGUUCUCCUGCAGUUAAUUUAAACAUGACAAUGAAAUUAUCUAUCAAGUGUUAGCUGAAAGACAAGAAUAGGCCUAUCAGUUAAACUAUGAAUGCCAAAAAUCAUGACACCACUGAGCUAAUCAGUUACAACCAUAGACAGUAUAAGACAUAAGACAUCGCCCAAUGGUUUUCAAAGUUAAGUUUUAAAGCCCAGUGAUGACUGUCACCAGAUUGCAAAUGCUGACUCAAGCUAACUUUCGGUGACCGAGAGGUGAAGUUUAAUGGGCCUUUAGUCUGACUACCUCUGUGAGCUCAAGUCUGCCAACCUCUCAAUCAAGUCAGUCACACUGUUAUGCAGUGUCUGUACUUUGUUAACUUCUAUAUUUUUAAAACUAUAGCUGACAGGGUUCCUAUGCAAGAAUGGGAAGUAUAGAGUGUAUAGAAAUAAAUUCGAUCAAUUUCCAGGUCUUAAAAAUACUGUUUUCCAAAAUAGAAAAGUAGGUAUUUCCAAAAAUAAUUCUGAAAAGUAGGGUAUGGAAAAGUAUGGAAUUUCUAACUGAACUGACGAACCUUACCAUACAGUGGCUACAAAUAGAUGAAUGAGCAAAUCAGAGCAAAACAAGCAGAUCUAACUUUUGUCUGUUUGUUUGUUUGUUUUUUGUUCCAGGCUGUUAACAUGUUUAUUAUUGCUGUUGAGAAUGGUUUUAAAAUGAGUGUGUAUGUGGCUUCUGGGCCUUAUUGAAACAGCCUCAAGUGGACGUCCAAGGUACUGCAGUGUUGAGCAUUUCUCAAGAGGCUGUCAAAGUCCUGUCUUUGAAACCUAUCAUUAGAUUUAUAAAAGAAUUAUACGUCCUUUUUUUUUCAUGGUAGACAAAGUGUUGAGGUGUACAUUUUGUAAACCUACUCCCAGUCAUUUUACAAUGACAACAUUGAGAGGGGAUAAAUCAUGCUCUGUAACAGAACCUCAAUUUCCAAAGAAAGAGACUGGUGUCAAGUUAAAGAUGUGCUUAGGAAUAGAGUUACAGUCUGCUGUGUAUUGUUUGUUUGUUCACCAUAGUAGUUGUUAGACUUGAGAAAGAGAAGGUGAAUGUGACCGAUUUACCAGCAAAGCUUUUACACAAAUUUCACUUAACUUCCUCCUUACUGCUUCCCCAAAGCACAUUACUUUACAUGCAGCUUUUUCGUGGCUAAUUUAGUGCCACUUCCCUUUGCUUCAUCUGGUUCCAGCGGUAUGCAAAUUGCAAUGGAGGAAGUGGGGAAUUUUUUAGAUAAUUUAAAUUUCAAACUGUUCACAGGACUUCAGGUUGUACUGCUGUGUCAUGGUUAGCUGAUGACAUGCACACAAUGCUUCACAUCUAAUGAAUAUAAUCUUUUUAGACUUGAAGUCUGAAGAGUGUCUGUGAAAUGAAAAGGUGUUCAGACAGUACCUUUCCUGUACCUGAUUAUGUUGUUUCCCCAUAAGUGUGAUAUCUUCUCCUAAUCCACACUCAAAAGCCAAAUGAACAGCAAAGUGACCAGGAUGAGUUCAAACAGAGCUCCCACCUACCAUUAGAUAGGAAAGCAAUUUAGAGUCUCCCAGAUACCAUAUCAGCUCCUUUAGGUUUCCCAUGACAACAAGUAUGAAGCAGACUUCUAACAUUAGUGAAGACAGCCUAGCACCAGGUAUUUGUGUGUCUGUGUGUGUGAGAAUGUCACUGCAUGUGGGGUACUUUGUGCGUGUGUGCGUGCAUCAAUCAAUGUAGCUGGAAGAGGCCAUGUUCUACUGACAUUUAUUCUAAGAUAAGACCAGUGUUCAGUCAGGCCUUUUAUCUAACGCUUAAUGUUUCACAUAGACAUAUUUUAAUGAGCUUACAAUUUUCUGUCUUUCUGCUUAUAAGGUGAUUAAUUUUGCUUUCAUAUUGUUAAAAAAUAGCUCCUGUUUAAUCCAGAACAAAAGGUUACAUCAUCUGAUACAGACUGCGAAGUUGCCAGACAGGCAGCAGAGACAAAAGAGGAAGAGGAGGCAUGCAGAUAUGAACGUGGCUAUUUUAGUACUUCAGGUCUUGAGUUAUGGGGACUCUGACAGUUUAGAUGAAGAAAAAUACAACAGCCAGAUCCUCUAUGACCAUAAAGACUAAAAUCUAUAGCUUCUGCUGAGAAAGAGAACAGAGAAUGAACUAUUUCUGACUCUUUGGUGUCGACGACAGUAUUUCUGUACUUUGUAUCUUGAUAUUUAAUGGGGCUCAGCUUGUAAAGCCUGUUCUCAUCACUUCACUCAAGCUCACAUUACACAUGUGCUGACAUAGACUGAGAUGCUAAUGGAUUUUGGUUCUUCUUGACAGACUUCCUUUCAGACAAAUAUUUAAGUUUCUGUCUCACCACUGUUUGUUUAACAAAACCAUUUCGAGACCAAAGUGAGCACCAGGAGAAAGUCUUUGCCUCGUGUCAUUUGGGUUUUGUCAACUCUGGUUAUACGACCAGCAUCCACAGCCAAGCACACAACCAGUGUUUCCAGCAGGGCUGACAGCUCUGCUGUAGUGUGGUGUAAGAAUUGAGAGCAUUGUAUUUGUUCCUUGAAUGAACUUUGUCUACUUAUUAACCUGAAAGAUUUGACUUUUAACCUGCUUCACCAUAAAUUCCGCUUUAGCUGAUCAUAACAGUUCUUGAACAUGACAAAACUCUGGAUAACCUUUGUGCACAAUAAAACUAAACACCAUACGUUCAGGCCGGAUCUACACUGUGUGGCAUAUUAAACCUUCACAGUAAUUGCAUUGUUGCAAUACCCAAACACCCUGUUGUUGUAGAUGCAUAUCUUCAACAACUUUAAAAAUAAGCAUGGAUCAAGUCUAGCCUGGUCUAAUGUUCAAUACCUUUAAUGAUGUUUUGUGGGUGAAAAUGGUUUGAGAGAAGAAGCUGUGUGUACUGCAUUCUUUAGGCAUUUGAGACACAAGAAAUUGCCUUUGCAACAACUGGUCAGAUUAUGCAACAGCCUGUUUGUCUGGCUAUUUGAACACUUGUCUCUGUUUCCUUCUGCACACUUCCUACCCUCUUCACACAAACAUUCCCAAAACCUCUUCAGUUAAGACCCAGAAAUGAAACAUGCACAGCACAUAAAAAUAUAUAAUAAAAAUGAACGAGCUAAUAUAGUGACAAUGAUGAGACUCCCCUCCACGUGUUGUUGUUGAUGUUUUUUACAUGGUAUAAUUGAAAUUAUUUGAAGUCCUUCUAUUUUUGAAUGGAACUUAACAAAAUAUAAAGUACUUGGCUUAUUAAGAUCUACUCGAGAUUUUUCUUUAUGGACCUCAGUGUACCCAACGGGAAUCAUAUAAAUGAUAUAACUGUGUUGUCACGUGUAGCAAAUAUUGAAACAGAUUUUAGUAAAUCAAGUCUUGACAUUUCUUUUACUAUAAUUGGUCAUCACACUAUCAACAAUGUAACAAAAGUCAGGUCAGUUCUGUUUUUCCUGUAAGUGAGGACUGUUUUCCAAAAUAGAAAAGCGACUGCUGAACUCUUGGUAUUUACAAUUAUUUCCUCUUUUCCCUUCCCCUAGCAUUGUUUCUGACCGUAACAACAAGAAGAUGCCUCUUGGUGACGACUGCCAUGCCUGGAAAAAGAAGACCACUGAUGUAAGGGAUCAGUUCGACUUCAAAGAAGUCCUCGGAACGUAAGUGUGUCACUGCUAGCAGUUUUAAGUACCUUGCAUUUCAGCUUACCUUGGUAUUUGUUCUUGCGCUCUAAUGCUGCUUUAAGAAAGAAUCGCCUUUUAGUUAGGUGGACAAAACCACAAGUUUGCAGUUCUUUUGAAGCCUGGUAGCAUGGAUUAACUUUUAUUCAUUGCGCCCGAUUUUGCAAAGAAAACUGAUGCUGUGUGAUGACUGGAUAUUUGCAAAGGAGAUAUGAAUUUAUGAUUGUGAAACUCACCUCAUGACCGGGUUUCUGUUUGCUCUGUCAAUGUGUCAUCGCUUUAAGUAAACCGAUGUAAUGCUGUUUUGGUCAGCAUCCAAUUUAAAUAGGAUUUAUGCCUCAUUACACAUGACAGGCUCUAACACAAUCUAGAUAGGACACAAGCUGCAAAGGUAUUUGAUCAGGUAUUUGUGACUGUGUAGAUGCAGGUUCCUGGGGCCAUUUUUAGCACCUUUAUCAGUGAAUAGGCUUCAAAUGAAUCUUCUAAUGACACACUAGGCUGAGAGGCACAGGAGAGUUUGUAUUAUAGCAGAUAAGAUGACGCAGCAAGGUUCAGUAUUUGUUUUGGCCUGAAACAUUGCUCAGCACACAGUGAAAGUAACAGAGGCAGGCGCUGGCAAACAUUUAUCCAGUGAAUCAUUUGAGUGCAGACUGUGUCUGUAGGAUGUGACCUGAGCACCAUUACAGGUCUGUGACAUGUUUGUGUGGGCAAAAGUCCAACAACCAUUUCUCUGGAUGGCAAAAAGGAUGUUGUCCAUGAAGUGAAAAGGAGAAAUUAUAAGAGGUCAGUGUGUAUAGUCUAAUUUAUUUCAAUUCAAUAAUGAUGUGUUUUUUGUGUGAUAGAAAAGUUUUAGGGUAUGUGUUUAUAAAGAUCCUUAUUUUUGUUUGUUUCAACAGUAGAAUUACCUCUCAAGACACUGUCACAAACCAAGCUUUACACAGAGGCAGUAAACUCAGCAUGCAAAUGGUCUUUCACUGAACACUUCUUAAGAAAACGCAGCACUACAUAUGUAGCAGUCAUUAAAAAAAAAGCUGGAUUCAAGUCAACACCUCUGACACAAUAAACCAACAUUAUCCCUUCACAAAGAGGAGUUUACAGCCUGGCUGCUGGAUUGGAUUACAUAGAUUUGAGGACUGUGAUGAGAAACUUGUAACUCUCUUAAGAAUUUCCCAGUGGGCUUAAAAAGUUGACAUGCAGCUAAAUAUAACAUGAAACAACAGUGAAGAAUUCCAUUAAAGCUUAAAGUGUGAAUCUUCUGAAAAAAUACAUCUUCUCCUACCAUGGCUUGUCUUCAACCUGAGGACAAGAAAGUAAUUCCUUGACUAAGGUCAAACUCAUUUGAUUUCUUCUCAAAUACAUGUUCUUUUUCUGCUUAUUUCCAGUAUUUUAUAAGUAGAAACACAAAAAAUAUUAACAGUAUUAGGUUUUAGUCAUCUGCUCUUACCAAGGACUUCACUGUAUCCUUGGACCUUUUCAGUGUUAAUAUCUACAUAGUUGGUGAGUGUAAGACAUUUGAAGAGGGGCUUGGCUGCUUUAAAACUGUAAGAGAUGAAGGCAGUAUUCAUUGAAAGAACUGGCCUGUUUCACAUACAGCUGUGUCUGUGUGAGUGAAGGUAUCUGCACCUGUAUUAGCUAGCUUAAGGGUACGAGGUGGUCACGGGCUGGAAAAUGAUCCUGAAUACUGUUUCUGUAUUUUGUCUUGACUUCUGUCAGACAGCGCCUCAUUGUUUGCCGUUCUACUUUUCUUUUUGAAAUCCUUUUUUUAAACCUCUUAACUUUUUAGGACACUGUGUGCAUGUUUGUUUCUGUGAGUGAGUGUCUGUAUGUGUGGGUGGGUGCUAUCUAUUUGUCUCAAAAUGGAGUUGUUUGGUUUCUUGUGAGCAGAUGGCCUUCCCCUCACUCAUCGUUUGUAGACCCGUAACUCAUUUGCACUUCUUAAGCUUGACUCAGUCUGUUUUGUGUUUGUGCAAGCGAGGAGGAAAACUAUUAGCGUUAGCACCGACAUAUUUUUUUCUUCACGGAAAUUGCACAUAUUCCAUCACAGAGACAAGACCAUUUUUGUCUUCCAAAAUGCCCCCAUGGAUUGACAAUGUCCUCCUGUCUUAAUCAGUCUGUUUUCCAUCCUCAAGUCAAACCUUUUGAACUCUCCUAAAUAGGGUUGGGAGAAAAAAUCGAUACAGCGUAGCAUCACAAUAUUUUACAUGGUGAUAUAUUGUAUUUUCUCGUUGACCAAGUAUUGAUUUUACAAAAUAAUUGUUAGUAUAAAGUCAAAUCUAUGAUAAUGGAAAAAUGAAAUCAACUGUUUGUCCAGUGAGGUUGGCAGAGGUGACAUCAUAGAGCAGGAGAAAGUUAGUACAACAAAUAUAUAAAAAGUUUGCAAGAUGUGCUACAUGAAAAGAAAUACAGCAUAAAUAAGACAAACAUAAAAGAAAGACAAAUGCUAAAAUAGCUAAACAGUUGAAAAUUUUGUAUAAAUCGUAUUAUAUUGUAUUGUUAUUUAUUUUAUUUUAUUUUGUUUAUAUAUUUAUUUAGAAGUCAGAACAUGCAUAUUAAUGAACAUGCACAGCAGUAACUGUAAAUAUGCCAGAUUCUAGCCCAAUGGGCUAUAGUUAUAGUUAUAGGGUUAUAGUCACUGUACUGCAAAAUGUUGAAAAUUGCAAUAAUAUCGUUUUGUUGCCAGAGUAUCAUGAUAAUAUCGUAUCGUGGGGCCACUUGUGAUUCCCACCCCUACUCCUAAACUAGCAGAAGAACCGUGGGCCUGUGUUUGUUCCUGAAACUAAAUCCCUUGGAGUGACCAGCAGCUACAUAUUACUUUUAAUCCUGGUACUCUUUGUAACAUGAUCCAUCAUCAUGGAUGCUAGGUGUCAUGAGACAGGAUAUUUAUCCAAGGCGUGCCACUUUUUGCACACACCCACAUCCUUGUUGGUUGGGAUUAAGCCGUGGGAAUCCAAGAAGAAAUCCAAGCUCGUUAAGUGAGUUCAUAAAGCCUCCCUAGGCCAUAGGCACAAAUGCAAAGGAAGUCAAAAAUACUUAUGCACCGAAAAAAGAGAACUUAAAUCUCCGGAAUUUCAAACACAGUAGGAAACAGUGCAAUAAAGUCAGUUGUAACAGCUGGAUGGCUACUCCACCUCCUUUUGGUCUUAAUCUCUUCUCUACCGUAAACAUGGCCAUGAAGAGGACCAAGAUCAUAACUUGGACUUUGUAACUGCUCAUAUGAAUUUCUAUAAUACCUCCAAGUCAGGAUGAAAUAUUCCCAUUAUUUUGCCAACAGUCUCUGUAUACAAAAAACCAUGAGAUAUCUACAAGAAGCAAAAUGAAGCUCAAGUCAAAAUGUAAGAAUGUAUAAAGAGGACUGAUGAUGGGUGCAAACAGAAAUAGUUUUCCAGCCUUCUACCCUUCCAUUGUCUCCUCUCCAGUUUUCCACCUGCCCUCUGUCACAUCACUCAUCUGCGUGCCAUAUUCAUUUGUCAUUGCUUGAUUGUUGUCUAGGUAACAAAAGGAAACACUUUCCAUAAUGGACUUAGUCACGAUGGAAACUAAGUUUUUUGAUUUGCUAUUAAUAAUCCACCGGGUCUAUGUCCUGUGUGCACUGUACAAGACUUAAACACACUCUCUCUUUCUCUCUCCCUCCCUGCUUAUUUUAACAAGAAAACAAAGCAAACCUCAUGACAGUUCUCCAAAGAUGAGCUCAAAUUUAAUGCAUCUUUAGAUAGAAAGUGAAUGUAGGUGCUGUGAAUUGUCUUAACGCUGAGUAAAUACAGUUUUGUGUUCUUUAUGUCAAUCUUGCAAAAGAGUUGUUGAUCUCACUGGUUAAAUAAAGGUUUGACUAAAAAAAAUUGCAUGCGAACUAUUUAACUGGUUAUUGGUUCUUUGUCAAGAUAUCAUAAAGAUAGUUUUAGUUGCAUGUGAACAGGAUAGCUAGUUCCCAUAUCGAAUUACUUAGACCAAAUGGGGACUUGUAGCAGCAGCAUGUGUUGGUUUGUGAAUCGAAUCCCUAGCAGCUGCCUCCUGUAUUUGUAAUCAAAACAGAUGGGAAUUAAUAAUGCACACGCAGGCAACAGCACUUUCACUGCAAUCAACUCAAAUCCUCUUUAGCUGUCUUUCUUUUCUCAUUUCUGUGACUUAUGUUAAUCUAUUCCCCCCACUCAACCUCUUUCUUUCACUCUUGUUUUUCUGUUUUUAUUUUUAUCCGCCCAAUCCACCCAAAGACAAAUCCCCGCUGUCACAAAGAAAGCUCCAUUUCAGCUCUCCAGCCCUGUCACCUGCUCCCUGGAUGUUCUCUGGCUUUAUUGGAAUCCACACGAUAAGCCUAAAAGUGCAGUCCUGAUGAGAAAUUUCAAAAGCCAAAUUACUGUUUGUUCCUACAUUUAAAUUCUUAGUGAAAUUAAAAAUCUGAACCCCAAUCUAUUUAAAAACCAUAACAAAAUCAUCUUUUUUCCAUUCCACAGAGGCAGCAUGACAGCAUUACUUUAAAUGUUUGGGUUCCCUCGGCUUUCACAGUAUUUUCCUUGGCUGGGUUUCAAAUAUUGAUUUUUCCUUGCGCUCUCCCGCAUUUGUUGUUCAGUGUGUCAUCAGUCAAAGCCGUCUAAUUUAGGUUCACCGGUCACAUUUUGGAACAUUUUUAUUGGUUUCUUGGAAAACACAGCAGUCCUGCACUGUGACAUCAGGGACUAUUUUUAGCAUUGUACGACAUUUUCAUUCGUGCCCAUUUAAAGUAGUUUGCAGUUCUAUGACUGAUGAUCAUUUUAUUUUUAAAACCUUGUGAAAUACUACCGAACUUUGUUUUAAAUUGUUAAAAUGAACUGAAAAUCCUCCUUUGGCAUCCUCACUUAAGUGUUUUUUCCAUCGUUCCCACACCCAGAUGUUUAACAUGAUGACCAAUUGCUCAUGGGCCAUGUUCCCUUUACUGGCAUUUGAAAGUCGGGGCAAGAUCUCAAGCCAUGAGCAGCAAUGGGAAACACUCUACAUUACAGCCUAGAAUACUCUGCAAAACACAGAGUGGAUUGGGGAAGUGGGGAGUGAGGAUAAGAGAGAAUGAUGUAGUCAGUAAAAAUCAUUAUGGCUGAUGGAUUAGCCCUGGCCUGUUUCUGUCACCCAGGUCGAAACAGUCACCCUAUUCCCUGUCUACUCUGGUGAUCAUGUGUACAGCUGUGGGCUACAAUUGAUUUGGAAAAAGGGGUUCAUGUGUCAGUCGGGGACUGAGAACAUCAACAACAACAAAUCAUAUAGGCCUUUUAUAUUUAACGAGCAGACCAAACAGAUCUCCACAUGCUCGCCAGAGGCACCCUGACUGCUGUUGGGUACCUGGAUGAGAUCUUCAGACCCACUGACGGACUAUAUGUAACUGCAGUGAACCCUGGCUUCCUUCUGCUGCAUGACAAGUGACCAGAGUCAGCAGUUCCUAUAUUAAGAAGGCUAUUGACUUGCCCCCUCGUUUUCCAGACCUGAAACUAAGGAUGUGCCGAUAUACCAUUUAAUUGCGAUAUGCGAUAUUAAACGGCCGCGAUGAUGAAAUCGUAAGGUACUGUAAGAAUUGUUCCAAAAUUAUAAUUUAAAGACGAGUGGCAUCGUCACUCAGCGGAGGCGAGCACUUACUCGCUUCAUUCGCGCACCAACGGUAAUUUCAACGGUAAUCCCUGCCAAUUCAACUUUUACAAUUUACCAGGUAGUCUGACCUCCACACUCACUUGCCUCCAGACGAGCUCCUUUUUAUUACGGAUUCAGUAAUUAGAAGAAAGGGUAUCAUAUAAUUCGGGGCACCCACACAACGACACACGAUCAGUUUGUCCUCCAUUUUAGGAACCAGUAAACAAUCGUCCGUUUUCAUACAUUACCUGGCAACCUUUGUGCUUGUUAUUACAAUGCAGAUAUCCACUCAACUUGAGACAUUUCCAGCUCACGCCCAAUUCGCGUCAUUCGCGCCGCCAGAGUAGUAGGAGUGUUUAAUUGCGUCUUUGCAUUGACUUAGCAUGUAAUUCAUUCACGCGAAUGGUUUUACUCGCACUUGGUGUGUGGAGACAGUAAGAUAUGUGGGAAAAUUUGUCACUUAGGCUCUACCUUAAUGUCGGGGGAAAUUUUUUGUUUGAAAGUGACAAAACACUUGACGGUGUCCGUCUCCUAAAUCUCUUCAUGAAUCAUUUUAUCCGAGGUACAGGAUACAAGUCUUGGUUACCAACCAUGUGUCUGUCUCGCUCUAUACCACAUGACACAAGAGGGCACAGUAUCUGCUUUUAUCAUUUCCAUUUCUAGGUCUUAUUCAUUCAUUCAUUCAUUCAUUCAUUCAUUUAGAGAGAUGGAGACCUCUGUGGACAUUCUGCUCACCACAAAAUAUAGGCUGCUUACGAUCAAACAAGCUCAUCUCCCAGUUUGCUCCAACAUUAGCGUGUGAUUAAGAAGAGCAGCAUCUAAAAAACUGCAGAUGAUUCUGAGUCCAUGUUGUUAUUCACUUCAUUGCUAUGAUGUGUAUCUCCCCAAUCUCAAGAUAGUGAGUAGGCAGCCUACACAUCCCUCAGUCAUCACUCUUCAAUGUCAUCUUGCAAAUCUAAAAAGUUAAUUGAUGUGCAGACAGUGAGGAAAGCAGAACUGGAGCUUGCGUGAAUUGUAGUGUAGACCACAUUUUGGGUAGCUAUUUUGGAUGGCUUUUUUGAUAAUCAGUGUUUGUAUGCAGAGCCAGAAUCAAUUGAAUUUAAAAUGAUGAUAAACAAAGUGGUUCAGAGAAAAGGAAACAGCCACCUUUAUAGAGCAGAUGAGUCCCCCAGCAUGAUAGCUGUCCCACUUCAUCUAUUUUUCAUCUCUCUCCAUGCUUCUCUUUUGCUCUCUCUGUACUAACUCUCCCUCACUCCUCAUCAUUUACUACUACUCAUCAUUUUUAUCCCCUUGUAUUCAGUUUUAAUCUGUCUUUGUUCUUGCUUUUCUUUUCUUUUCUUUUGUAGUUCGGCUGGGUUGUGACUAAGCUGCGGUAAAACAUAGAGCUAAGACCUUACUUCGUUAUAAAGAGCCCUGUGGCCCUCAAAGCACAGGACAACAUGUUGCUGUGUCUGCCCUUGUAAUUCUGUCUCAGCCACUGCUAAGACCGUAUAGGAGUAAUGAGCAAGGCCUGUGGCACGAUACUCUGCCUCUGUCUAUCCCUUAAUCCAUCCACACCGGUCUUCUCUGUAUCUUUUAUAAUUCAGCUGCUGAAUAUCCUCUGUGUAUAAAUGCCCUCCAAAUCAACUUUUGGGUUGUCUGAAAAUAUGAAAUACGUUUGAAGGACAAAAAUGAGGUCAGUCAUUGUUUCAUUUAGAGACGUUAUCAGAUUGAUUCUUGAACUUUGGCAGUCAUAACAAAGAGAGUAUAUCUGUUCUUUUGAAAAGUGAUAGCCCGGGACCAUUUCCAACUCCCCACCCAAUCCUGAAAAUUCAUCCCCGCUUAUAGCACCCUUAGCCCUUCAGCCCCGGUCUGACCUAAUUCAAACAGAAGCUCUCAUCUCAGCACAGAGCAGCUCAGCAUAGCAUACCCUGCCGUUCCUGGAAUACACACACAUGCACACACUAACUCAAGCACAUGUAUGACCACUGCCUGGCCCACUUAUGAAUCUUCAUCUACUCUCAGCAGUGUAUCCCCUCUAACAAUAUGAAGUGCACUUGCAGGCUUGUCAUGCACAUCUUCCCACAGUCUUUCUCAUUAUAAUCCCUUAUUGCCCGUAUUCCCCCCACGAUUAAAAGUUUCAGACUGUCUACAUAUCAGCAAAGCGAGUCAUGAACACUUGUAUUGUAUUUUUAUCUACUGUUUCAAGAGUCAUCAAGGGAGCAUUAAUUUUCUUUGGCUUUGAAGCUAAUUACCAAGCAUUAUCGAUUUUGUCCCAGUGUUUCAUUUCAACUGUGUGUUUCCGAUGUAAUUCCUCCCUCAUUUCCAGUGUUUUGGACUCACAGCAGUGGAAAGUGGGUUCUAUUCUGGAGCACUCCGAAUGGCAUUAACUGAAUUAAGGCCGCUAAACGGCUAAUUUGUUGGCACACAAUUGCUUACAGCCACCACGGUGUAACAGUAUCCGUUCAUUCGAGUCAUGUUUCCAGCCACCUGACAGGUUUUAGGUUCAGCAAUUACUCUGUAUUUAAGCUACAUUUUUGUUGCUACCAUCUCCCAAAGGGAAUAUUUGUACAGCUGUAUUUAGCUCUGUAGUUUUUUAAAAAUAUUUUUAGCAGCUUGUUGUUAAGUAGGUCUGUCAGGGAUUACUGUGGUUUUAGUAGGUUUUUUUGUUGUUUUUGUUCUUGUUGUUUCUGUUUUUGCUUGAAGUCUGGUCCUCUGUUGGAAACUGAGUGACAGCUGUGAGAUUUAACCAGUUAAGGACUGAAAUAGUACUGCCUUGCAGACCAUCAUAAUACAUCAAUACUCUAAAUAUGGUUGACAGUGACACUCUAUUGGGAAUGCUUUAUUUGAGUUGCCUUACUGAUAGCCUCUAUUAAAACUGGCCAUCAGAGUAAUGCAAACAAUCUUGAGCAACCUCUACUCUUCAGAUGUACUUUACAUUGUAUUGAGCUUUGACGCAAAAUCACUGUACAACUAUGUCACAUAAUGGCCAUGAACACAGUCAAAAUAUUCCAACACUUGUGUGAUUGAUGGUCAUAACAACACUUAAAUUUCUAGGAUAUUAUUAUUGAUGAAGGUCAUGAUGGAAGGUGCAAAUUGAGUGUUACUCUAUCUCAAACUUUGCCCUUUUGUAUGCUCAUGCACCGUUCCAGUUUUAAUGGUAAAUUUUAUCCCCAAAACUAAAACCGUGUACACGCAUACAAAGGGCUUUUUUUUUCUCUUAAAGGGAUAUUCCGGCAUAAAUUUAAGUUACGGUUAAACACACCAUAACACCGAGUUAGACACCCCCUCGAUGAGAGAUGACUGCCUGCUUCUCUAGUUAAACAAACUUCAGCAACGACCACACGAUAGCAACACGCAGCGGUCUACAUCUCCACACGCAAACUUCAACUAAAAAGCCACUCUAUAUAAAUAAUGCUCAGAACAGCACUUAACACCUAUCUCAAGGAAGAACAUUUAUGAUUAUUUCUUCAUGGAAAUGCAAUCAGAGUUCUCGUGUAUCUUGUAUGUGCACUGCAGGCGCUGUAGUUCUUCUCCCUUAGCGCCUCGGUCUGAUUGCAUUUCCAUGAAGUAAUAAUCAUAGAUUUUCCUCUGCACUCUGUGAUCGACUAAUCAGGGCUCCCCCACAAACAAGCGGCUGCUGGAGGAGACUAGGUGGGUUGUGUUUAGUCCCUUUGCUAAAGAAACCAGGCAAAGCUAAAAAGAUGUUUGAUGGCUGGUACUAUGGCAGGGACCCUUUAUGUACUGUUGAUGAAGUUAGGUGCUGUUCAGAGUAUUAUUUGUGGCUACGAGUGUCGUUUUGGUUGAGGUUUGUGUGGGAGACGUAGACCGCUGUGUAUUGCUAUCGUGCGGUCUUUGCUGAAGUUGGUAUAACUAGAGAAGAAAGCGGUCGGCAAUAUUCAUCUCUCAAGGGGGUGUCUAACUAGGUGUUACAGUGUGUUUGACCCUAACUUAAAUUUAUGCCAGAAUAUCCCUUUAAGGUAUUCACUCCUGCCAAAAUAUCUCUAUGCUGCUCAUACUUCUUUCUUUGAUCCAGUCUUUUUUUUUUCCUUCUGAGACAUGUUUUUAAGUGCGCUGAGGUCUGCAGCCAGAGAACAGUUACUGGCAGUGAGUCAUAGCAGCACCAUGGCAACAUUCAUAAGACGGUAUAAUUAAGAUGAAAACGAAAAAAGAACUGAUGGGACUAGCUGAAUUUACUGGUUAUGACAUAAAGGUAAACUAGACAUAUCUUUUCAUUGUUUACAAAAGUACCAGCUAUCAACAUUAUAUUUCAGCAUAUUUCAGUAUAACUAGUGCAACCAUCAAUGGCACAGGAAUGUUUAUCAUCACAGAAAGGAGCUCACUUUUAUAUAGAAUCUGCGUCUUGAAGCUGUGCUCACAUGCUCCGCUGCUGUUGCUUGGGUGAAGGACAGGAUCUAUCUGUGCUUCUCCUCAUUAGGCUGCUCUCACGUUUGUGCCUAAAAACUGUCAUUAUUUCCACACCCUCAAGACCAACCUGAGAUGUAAACUGAUGAAUUUUACUACAAUGUGGACUAAUUCAUAAUACACAAGAAAACCGAUAUUUUGGUCAUUGAUUUUAGUUUGUCUUUUGUGAUCAGGUUGUGCCCCAAGUCACUUUUCCUGUUAUCUCUUCUCACAUUAAAAAAAAAAUGUCACUACUUUGUUGCCCCAAUCAAAACAAAAUCAUAACUAAAUACUAAAUAGAACAGCUCAUUAAGUAAUUAAUUUCUCACUUGGGGAACACAAACAGAUGCAAACACAUAGUUGAUCACAUAAAUUGUUCAAAGUCUAAUAUUUACUUAGCUUUUCUUUUUUCUUUUUUUUUUCAGUGUUUACCAUCUCAUAGUGGAAAUAUCUGGUCAUUUAGCUGCUAAAUCUGUGCAAGUAUUCACAAGUUUUGCUGUUUGUUGUUUAGCAGGUGUCCUUUAACUGUUUUAGAUAAGGUGAUGCUUUCUAGUGAUUUGGAAGAGCCGAACCUGAACAGUGAGCUUAAAUACCCCUAAGUACUCAUAUUUAAGCUGUUGGACAACUUUGUGAGGGUUUAUUACAGAUAGCCACAAGUCAAAGGAGUAGUUAUAUCCAUGGUAAUUUAAAAUAUAUAAAUGAAAAGAGUUUAAAAGAAACAAAACACCACCCUUGCAGUCAAAUUUUUAAAGGAAAGAUUAAAUUAAAAAUUAAAGGAAGGAGUGUCCACUGGAGCACUAAACCUAGGUUAGGUUUACACUUCACUGUAUUUGGGCAGCCCACAGCGCAAAGAUGGUCUUUUCCUGUUUUUGGGCCAGAUUCUCAGUUGGGCAUCUCUCAGCUUUUGAUUGGACCAGAUGGUCCUUCCCUAUGUCUCACUGACCUUUCCACAGUUACCAUUUUGUCACCAGCUUUUAUACCUUCUUCAUCAGUGUCUCAGCAGGACAGAUGGCACAAUUGUUGGAAGUCGGAGAAACGUGGGAUUAAUAUGUGAAAACAAUAAUGGUGGAGAAAUUAGUCAGGGGAGGUCUGUUUUCCCAUAAAACCACUCGUCACACAAGGAUAGCAUCUCUGUUAACAGGAAGAGAAAGGAAAGUGAGACGAAAUUUUAAUCUAAAAUCUUAAUCAAGCUACAAAUGAAAAUGUGAGGACUGCAUGUAAAAGUGUGACAGCAAUAUUAAUGGUUUUACAGUGUUUUUUUUUAAGACUUAUGUCAAUCUGCUAUCAAAUAUAAGAAUGAAUACUUUUGGGCUGUGUGCAUGUGUGUGUUUGUGUGUGUUUUGUUUAUGAGCGUGAGCACAAAUGACUGCAUUUCUCGGUUUUAAUUCCUUUGAUGCACUGAGUGAAACAUUGUGAUGCUCGCAUGGAAAGGUUGCUCACAGAGACAGACCAAGCAACACUACCUGUGUAUUUUAAGCAAGCAGCUUCUUUGAGGAUAGAUGAGAAAGACGGACAUUUAGUAAGGGAAAGAAGAGAGUUUUGAUCAGAAUUUCCAAAAUUGCACAGAGUGGGGCAUUGAAACAUAUGUUGUUUAAUCGUCAGGUAAAUAGUUACUCACUGUUUCAGGCUGCACACAUGUAAAGGAUGUUGCCACGCCUUUCUAUGUUUAAACAUUGUGUAAAGAAUUUGCACAGUGGAUUUCUAAGGUCACACCCACUGUUUGGAUAGUGGCAGUAAGCGUGUCUUUAUUGGGAGUUCAGUGGUUAAUAGCUGUGCAGUGGUGUUUGUGUGUUUGAGUUUGACUGUUGGUGCUUACACUUCCUGGACCCGGGUCCCAUGGUGGUGAUAAGAAUGUCCUGUUAGGAGCAGGAACGGCUCUGUAAACACGGUUGUGUACUUUAUCUAUCAGUCCAAAACCUUUGCUGGGAUUAAACCCUCGGCAAACCCAGCACACCUCUCAUCCAGCCAACCAUCAAACAUUAAUCAGAAUAACACUCUUCAGGGUUUCUGACCCUUGUCUUUGACAAGCUCAGAGUAGCCUGUUGAUUUUUCCUCAAUUAGAGGGUGGUUUUUGCCCUGAUUUUUCAGUGGCUAUGAUGACAUUUUUGAACAAAUUUUGUCAGGGUUUGCUGUAACAUUCAUCCUAUAGCUGAACACACAGUAGGCCUCAGAGGGUCAGUGGUGCAAUAGCUUCCUGCCAUGUAGUUUGGCUUCCCUAUGCUGCUUGUGAAAGAAGGGACACAACAAAACUACAAGAGGGGCAGCACAAACAGAUGCAAACACAUAGUUGAUUACACAAAUUGCUCAAAGUCUAAUAUUUAAAUAUUUACUUUGCUUUUAGCCUUUUUUUCAGUGUUUACCAUCUCAUAGUGGAAACAUCUGGUCAUUUAGCUGCUAAAUCUAUGCAAGUAUUCACAAGUUUUGCUGUUUGUUGUUGUUGUUUUAGAUAAGUUGAUGCUUUCUAGUGAUUUGGAAGAGCCGAACCUUAACAGUGAGCUUAAAUACCCCCAAGUACUCAUAUUUUAGCUGUUGGACAACUUUGUGAGGGUUUAUUACAGAUAACCACAGGUCAAAGCAUGGAGUAGUUAUAUCCACAGUAAUUUAAAUUAUAUAAAUGAAAAGAGUUUAAAAAAAAAACACCACCCUUGCAGUCCCAAGAGGGGCAGCAUCUCCUGCCUCUGUAACAGUAUCAACAUAUAUAUAAAUGUCUACCCUUAAAAUUUAUCCCAAGGAUAAAUCAAGCAUUAGAGCAAAGAGGUUUAUCAACUAGCCAGUAGUCACAUAAAAAUUGUGUUUAAUAUAACCCUGAUUAAACAUCUCUGGCAAAAAGAACUGCAUUGUAAUGAAUACUGUGAAUAGUCCACAGUAUUCAGAAUAAUCCUGUCUUCAUUAACUAGAUACAAUCAAGUACAUUAAAGUGUUGGCCUACAGAAGGAAAUAAGGAAAUGUGAGAUGAAGCAAAAAACAUUUUGGAACAUACUUCAAUUACAUUUGACCAAGGCUUGUUGCCUAUAAUAUUCAACUGAUUUACAAAUGCGAGCAAACAAAAAGUUUUGUCAAAGUUUCAACUGAAUGUAAUAAUUUAUAAUACUCCUAAAUACUUUGAAUAAGUUAUCUUAGAUCAUAAAAAAUGAUCAGAUUAGCCACAGUAUGGUAUUACAUCAUAAGACAAACAUGUUCCACUUUUAGGGUCGUGGUUACGAAACAGCCUGUCCAUCCACAUUCAUAGACACAUAAGUGUUCUUGGAUUUUCCCAGUGUUUGUGCAAACUACUGUGUGACACUUCCCCAGAGCCUUGUAGUCUGUCAGUGGGUGCAUGGAGAAUGUCAACGAAAUCCUCCAGAUGCUGCAGAGGAAUUUGCUGCACUGACAUCCUCCUCGACACAGCUGGAUCUUUGCCAAAGCUAAUGGCCUUUCUCUCCGGGGCAGUUUUUACUGUCUUGUUGUGAUUGAACCAUGAGGCCUCGUUCUGAGGAUAAAUGUUACUUUAAUCAAGGAACACAGUGUUGUGUUACCGCUGGGACAUUAAUAACACCAAAGAGAUACACUAUGAGCUAGUGUAUCUUUCGUCCUAUCAUUCUUAGUGAAUUCUUAAAUGACACCUUGAAAGCAUGGUUUGAGAUUUCUAAUCUCCAGGUUGGGACGCCCAGUGGGACUUCUCAAUAACUGCUACUGGGCAUUUUAAAGACUCACGCAUCAUUCUCUUGGGUAUUAUUGUUCCCUUCUGAAUGAUAUCCAAAAUGAUGCAAAGGCAGUGCACAAAGCUACACUAAACACAACUGUAGAUGUUUGCAUGUUGAUUGAUUGAGCAACCAAACCCACCUUGGUUGUUUGCUCAGGGAGUAAUGUAAACAAAGCAGCAAGAGUACACAAGGGUAACGCUUUAAUGUUGACACUUUAAUGAACUUUUGUCAGUAAGUAAACUCAUCUUGUGUGCACUGGACGCUUCAGAAAAUACACGUGUUUUCCUAAAAAGCAGCUUGAGUAUCAGUCUGAGCGCGCUACAGAUCAGUGCCUUAGUAAUAUUCCAGUACGCCAGUCUGCAUGUGCUGCUUAGAAGAUAAGAAUCAACAAACAAAUGUACCCAAAUGAGUGGCUGAAGUUGUACGUACCCAGACGCUUUUACAGCCUGAAGAGGACAUUGUUCACUGGGAAGUUGUGAUCUCUGUGUCACUUUCUUUUUUUGUCACACUGGCACGAAACUAUUCACACCUUCUACGCAGAGCUGAUAAAGUAUCUAUCUGCAAACCUCGUGACUGGAUAGUGAUGGUUCCUCUCCACUCAUUCACUCACUCACACAAACACACACACACAGCUACAUGCAUCUGAGGAACUGAAAGCUGACAUUCAUCCAGCUACUCUCACACAUACACAGACAUCACAUGUGCAGAUACCAACACAUCAUGGUUACAGCCUUCUUUUUCGCCAUGUCUUUGUCUCAUCAUGUCUUUGUCCCCCAACAACUCUAACUUCGACCUACAUAACUUUAUUUUUUUUGAUUGGUGACACUCAAAAUCUUUUCCAUCAAUGUUUUAGGGGUGGUAGAAAAAAUUGAAACAGCAUAGUCAUCGCAAUAUUUUUUCUGGUCCAUAUAUCGAAUCGUCUUAUUAACCAAAGAUCCACUUUUCAAAUUAAUUUCUCAUAUGAAGUCAGAUCUAUGAUAAUGGAAAAAUGAAAUCAACACUCUGUCCAGUGAGGUUGGCAGAGGUGCCAUCAUAGAGCAGGAGAAAGUUAGUACGACAAAUAAGGUUUGCAAGAUGUGCUACAUGAAGAUAAAAUACAGCAUAAAUAAGACAAACAUAAAGGAGAGACAAAUGCUAAAUUAGCUUAACAGUUGAAAAAAAUGUAUAAAUCGCAAUAUAUUGUAUCGCAAUACUCACUGUAUUGCAAAAUGACAAAAAUCACAAUAAUAUCAUAUCAUAGCCCAAGUAUCGUGAUAAUAUCGUACCAUGAGGCCACUGGUGAGUCCCACCCUUAUAAUGUUUACCACAUGUUUUUGGAAUACUGCCAACAUUUAUUGGCAGGUCUUUUACGAGAUAACGGCUAUUCCAAAGUAAACACUUGUUCACAAUGAGUUAAUGGAGAGUAAAUGAGAAAACAAUGGAGGAAGCGUGAGUAUAGUAUGACGGGUUAACAUCCUUGUAAAAACAGAAACUGUGCAUCCAAAUCUGAAGUCUAAAAGACAGAGGUUGUUGGCCCACCAUGAAAGUUUAUUACAAACUUCUUUUCACUAUGACAGCAUCAUCGUAUGUUUUAGAUUAUCUGAAAGCUCAGCUAUAUCCUUCUCUGUAGUUUGUAUCAUAAUGUGGAUCUUUCACGUCAGACAAUUUAUAGUUAUUGAAACCGUCACAUGGGCAACUCUAAAGUGAACACCUGCAAAGUGUAAACAACUUGUUGGAAACUCCAAAUCUUUACCCAAGGCCAUGAUCACAACAUGAGAUCUCAUUUUCCUGAUACACAGAUGUUUUGCAUCUGAGCUAAUUGCAGUAAACAAGCGAGUGGUCCUUCAUUCUCUGUUUGCUCCGUAUGCCCUGGGUCUUUGACCGAAAGUGUAUGAAAUGAAAUACGGGAGGCUGGUCUUAGUCAGAGGAAAAUGGCCCCACAAAUCAAAAUGAUUUUCCAUUGUGUUGAAGUCUGCUGUUGCCUCACUCAGAGCAGUAAGAGCAUGAUUUGCAGGGUUUACUGUUGCUUUAGGUCAUAUUAUCUGUAAACAAAGCUCUUUUUGUAACUGCAGAAACAAUGCAGACUCAACCUCAUCAAUUAUCAAGUUGACUGUAUGAAGCUGUAUGAAUGUCACACAGCAUAGUAGGUAGGGAUGGGCGAUAUGGGCUAAAAAACGUAUCACGACAAGUUUUGCCAUUGUGGCGAUAAUGAUAAAAAUCCGGAUAAAAAAUAUUAUAAUUCCUAUCAAUGUUUUUGACUCAUUCUGUCUUGAGGACACCAGUUAGAAAAGUUAAAUAAGAUACUUAACUACAAGUUUAAGCGGUAGAUUAUAGGGAAAACAAAUGACAUGUGAAAACAUUUUCAAUCUCAACUCUUAUUGCACAGAGUGAACAGCAGCAGAUCCACUGUCCAAAGUAAGGUAUACCUGAUUGCUUACGUCAUCAACUUGCAUUUAUCAUGAGAUGGCUGAUAUUUAUCGUGGUGGAAUUUUCUGACGAAUUUUCGUGAACGAUAACUUAUUGCCUAUCCCUAAUAGCUGGUAAUAUAGAAAUCACCGUGGUCUGUUUGAAAAAGCUGAACAAUAUCAGCAGCGUUACUUUUGGCAGCUUUUUUUUCACAGCUAUUUGUGCUCUCACUGUCCUGAGUAUGUUUGUUAACGAACGUUUGUUUCCCUCCCUUACUGGGCCAUAUAUCCUUGCAGUAAAACAGUGGUGGUGUAACGCUCACACAUAACCCUAAAUUGUGGCUCCUCAUAAUUAUUUCACUGCUUUAGAUCUCAGUGAAAAAUCUCUGGAGCUCAGCCAAUAUGCCAGUGCUCAUGAGACGUCUGUGUCUACUGCUAGUGAGUCAUGGGAAAAUACUCCACAUUUCUUUAUGGAGUUGGAGUUCUGGUUCCUGGCCUGUUUUCAAUUAUUGAUUUUAACUGAUAGGCUGACAGAGAAAAAGAGAAGGAAGUGUAACUGUUUACUUAAGAGGAUGCAGGCAGGGGCAGAUCUUGUUGCUGUGCGUGCUUCAGUAUGUCACAACCUAGUAUGGAGUUGUUUCUCAGUGCUCUGUGCUCACAUCUGGCGACACACAUUACUGUGAAUGUAUUUUGAGUUUAUUGCCUUUCGUAGAUUAAGUGAAAAAAAACUACAAGAGCAUUACAUGACAGAACUUUAGAUGUUAUCUUUUGGGACAUAUCAGAUUUUGUCAUUUAGAUAUAUACAGAGUGAUUCCCUCAGAGGCACCCUAAAGGCUUUCUGAGGAAGAGGAAGUUAAAAAUAAACAGAAUCUGGCAUCAGUAGGGUUGAACCGCUACCAGCGUUUACAUAACAAAAUUUUUACAGAUUUAACAUUAAAGCUGUAAUUUCUUCUAUAGCCCUCCACAGAGCUCUGCCUAAACAGAGAGCGAUUAAUAAACAGAGGUCUGACAGACUGAAUGAUGUGUUUGUGUUUCAGGGGAGCUUUCUCUGAGGUGGUCCUGGCCGAGGAGAAGAGGACCCAGAGAUUGGUAGCCAUCAAAUGCAUCCCCAAGAAGGCGCUAGAAGGCAAAGAAAACAGCAUUGAGAACGAGAUCGCAGUCCUGCACAAGUAAGUGGACGACAUAUUGAUCAUUCCGAAGCCAGUCUGUAUUGUAACUACAACCCUGAUAUGUUAAGUGAUCUGCAUCUGAAAUACUAACCACGAGGUUCAAGAUGGUAAAUUUUUCAUCACUGUAUCUCCAUUACUGUAUCAUGUCAGUUGUAUCACAUUACUACAUAUGACAUACACAGCUUAUGAUAAACACUUCAGUAAUAUGAUAACCGUGAUGUAACGUGUCAUUUGGAAAUGAAUCCACUUCAUUGUAAAGCUUCGAUCCGUAUAUUUCCCGACAGGAGAAAUCAGGGGGCCUUGAAAAAGUUUGAUUAGAGUCUUUGGUUUGGGUCAUGAUUCAAAAAAUUCAGAAAAAAAUGUUUUCCUUUAAGCUGCUUUCUACUGAAAAAAAUAGUCCUCAUGAAAUCUGUUGACAACAUAUCAUUUGGAUUAAUCCCCCUAAAAAUGACAUGACAGCUGAUUUCUAUUUCAUUAGAAUAAAGUGAACGUCAUUGAGUCAGGCACACUGUGGGGGGGGGGAAACGUGGGGAAAUUGUGCCAAUUUCAAAAAUUUGGGCCACACAACAGUAAGUAAGAACAUUACAUGCCAUUCAGUGACAGCCUCCAUAUGUAACCACUGAAGGUUUAACAAUACUGCAGUCUGAUCCUGGAUAUGCUCUCAACUCUGAUGUUCAAACAUUGAUUUAAAUGAGUAAUUUCCCUGUUUUUGGAUCUUUAUUGAUGCGCUUAUGAACGGUAAUGCCAGUAAAACUCUACAUGUCUUACGACCAGGUGUGGUCACACCUUCAAAAAUGCAGGUUUAUAAUAGUCUUAAGACAAAAGCUGAAGACGACGACAAUGCCUGUCAUCGUCGAGCGGUUUAAACACAUUCCUCUUCAGAAGGGAGGAAUCGCAGUACACGGUGAAAAUGGCUGAUCUACAUUGCUUCCCACGUUAUUUUUAGAAGUCUUGUUGCCUGGGUUACAGGAGAUACAACUCCGGUCAGUGUACAGUUAUGAUCCCUCCUGAGGUGAGGAUGUUGGAAUAUGAGCAAAAUCUGACAAACAGAGAGGGCUGAGGUAAACUUGGCUUGAAAAUAAUACUUCACAUGCUCUGACUUUAGUUUGUAUAGACUCAUUCCUCAUUUUAUUUGAGAUUCAAAGAGCAUUAAAAAGAGUUUGUGACGUUAAUAUAUACAGUACAUCAUUUGCAUUAGUUUUGUACUGAGCAGCAUCUCAAUGAAGCUCUGAACCUCUUUUAUUGUAAGCAAAAACAAGUGCAAUAAAUCAAUUUUCUUUUUCCUGAAUGGACCAUGAAGUCAUAUCAAAAAUGUAUAACCUUUGGUGUCAUCUCAGAACUAAUAAAGUUAUAUAUGUCAUUUAAACCACAAGCUAAGUAUCAGCAACAUUUUUUAUUAAGUUGAUCAUUUACUUGUUUAAAAGUUAAAGAGCAACUUCCACUUAUUGUUCAGCAGUAAAAAAAUAAACUAUAUUUCAUUGUGGAGUUUUUCGUUUGAUUUUUCCAGUAAAAAUUCAGCUUUCAGAUUUGGUCAGUAUAGACCUGCCAAUUAUGCAUUUAUCAUGAAAUGAUCUAUCGCUUUCCAUGCUUUAGUAAUAACCGUAGCUGUAAUUCUUUCAAGUUGAUUGAUAAGUUAGUGUCUAAUGGCAUAGUUUGGCUGGGGCAGUCGUGAGAUCAGCUCAUCUCUGUUGUCACUAAUUAUUAAUCCAAACACAGACGUGUGUAAAUACAGUGACUAAUCAUGCUCCACUAAAUCAUUUGUGGCCAUGUCAGUCAGAGGAGUUGGAGUUUGCUAAGGAGGCUGUAAUGACAAUCUGAAAAGACUCAUUAACAUGGCUGGAUAACCUAUCUAGCGAAAUGUACUCGAGCCUUUCGUUUCAUCAGGUGGAUCUGUCUUUAUUAAUGGCGGUCAAAUUCAUCUAUGGCUACAUCUACAAUGCUGAGAGAGAAACUUGAAAACAUUUGUUCAAAAUGUGUCACAGCUGUGGGGAAUUUCCCAAAACAACAUCAAAUGCAAAGAACACACCAAAAAGAAAGACAAAAAUCAUGUCAAUAUCAUAUUUAAAAAAAAAUCUAUACAUAUAAUAUUAGAGAAACUUAACUGAGUAUGGACUCAGUGGGUCUGUGGUUUUCAGCCUCAUGUCAGAUUUGGUCAUUAUUGCUGCAGGAAGAAACUCUGCUCUCUAAUUUGCUGACUUUUGUGUCCUGAUGAGCUGUGAGAGCUAUGGCUGCUGACAGGGGUCAAAAGAUGACUCACCAGCCCUUAAUAGACAUUUCAGCUCUCUGACAAUCACCACGGCCACUGUCCACCAUAAGGUCACCCUCCAAUCACUCACACCUGCACAGGAAGUAAACGCAGCACCUUCACUGCUUAUUUGACCUUCUGUUGUUGUGUGUGUGUAAAAGUGCACGGUGCAGCCCACGCGCCCUCACACGUGUCCGUUCACUCUGAGGGUUUAAUGCCUCAUUCACCCUUCACUGGGUCAAUCUCUCCUUCCCACGCUGAGCUAAAGCAGAUGAAUGAAGGUGUCUAUGCACUGUUACAAGCCGGAUAAAAGUCAUUGCAGUAAUCCAGUGUGAGGUGAGCUCAGGCUGACACAUCCACAGUUACCUCAGACACAUGGCUUUGUGUUUCAAUUGUCCUCCUCUCUUCAAGUCUAAUUAGUGAUCCUCAAACAUUUAGUUAGGAGUACAGACACUGAGGUCAGAGGUAUAUCCCUAACACACACUUGGCAGCAAAUUUUGUAAUGUGCCAACAAAGACUUCCGGCAAACAAGCAUAAAAACAUCUCAGCAAAUUCUACACACCUUCAAGCAUUCAAAUUAUGCCUCUUGAUGAGAUUCAUUGAAUGUAAGCAUAACUUGUGACUGCAGAAUCAUCCGAGCAACAAUUCAACCUAGAAAAGCACUCAGAGAGCGCAGACCUCCGUCAAGCAGUUCAUGUCCCCCCUGAAACAGGACAUGCCCUGACCCGGAUUCAAAUCCAGGACCUUCUGGUUGUGAGGCGACAGUGCUAACCACUACACCACUGUGCUGCCUACCUACACCACUGUGCCGCCCAUUGGUAAUCUUUCAGCAUUGAAAAUUCCAACAACACCCUAAUUUUUGUGUGUUCUGGAUCACAGUAUCCAGAAUUUUGUCCGGAUCACAACCAAAAUGUAAUGGGAUCCUCCUGCGGCUGAGACACACCUCUGGUGAAAAUUUCAGGUCAAUCCGUCUGUUACUUUCUCUGUAAAGUUGCUAACAGACAAACAAACAAACCAACGCUACCAAAAACACAACCCUCUCUUAUCCCCUCUCUUAAAAUGCAAAUAUGUUUUGGUGUGUUUUUGUUGUUUAUUUGUUAAGCCACACCUCCAAACACAGACACGAUUACAUCAGCUUCAUCUGAAAAUACAUUCUCUAAAACGUCCAAGAUGAACUAAAACCUGAAAUCAUCUGUGCAAAGAUUGAAUGAUCGAUCUUUCAAACACUUUUUUUAAACACUUUAUUUGUAAUUUUCAGUUAACAUAUAAAGCAAUCAUAUUCUCUGUAUUACAAAUAACUACAACAGACAGUCCCGACAAUAGACAGAGACAGAUCAAACCCAAACUCGAAGUGACAAACCAGUCAUAGGCAAUAGACAGGCAAAGACAAAAGGAAAAAACAAACAAAUAAACAACAAGAGCAAGUGCACUUAAUACUCAAACACUUUUUAUUGGGCAUAAAAAAUAUGUUGUGGUCCAAUCACCCAACCCCACAUAUAUCAAAACAACCACGAAAUACUCGUAUUUUUUGUUAAACUUCAAACUCCCACUUACCCUAUUUUUGUGACAAUACUUAAUAUUUCGUGACACAAAUGAACCAGUAACCAUAUUGGCUUUAUGCCAGUGAAGCACUUUCUAAUGUCAUUGCAUGGCUGUAUUAAUUUAAAGGUUUUCCUUCCUUGGCGUCUUCCAAAGAAGUUUUUGCCACGAGCAAGUCUGACAGGUUAUCCAGAAACUGAAGCUGUGUAUUCCCACUGAGUGAGUCAAAACUACUCCAUGGUAAAUAAUCAGGAAAGGUUUGCGAUGUUGCAACUUCAGUUUGCUAUACCACACAUUACUGGCACACACUUAAUAGUUUGUACGUUUGUCAGUAAGAGUAUAUGAGGCAGGAGUUUGGUGCCAACUACUGUAAUGUGUUCCUAUGUGCAGCAAUACGUUCACUUGUAAUAUAGAGACCACUGAAUGUAAUACUGGUAUAGUAACACUAUAUAUUGUUCAGAAAGAGGUAGAAUACCAAUCUAGAUGUAGUGAGUCAUUCUCACACCUCUGUCACUGCACCCACAGGUCUCAGGGGGCAGCAGAUCACAGAGUUCAGCCAAUUAGAAAGCUGCAUGCCACCACGCAGUGUAGCCUCCUCUCCUCUGUCAAUGAGGAACACACGACAUGACCGUUGGGCAGAGGUCACACACCAGCUGUCCCAAAUAAGCCUAAUGGGGAAGAUCUGGAAAAGUCCACAGGGAAAUAAAAAAUAACCACCACCACCACAGAGUAACAUCUUUCUGUACCUGUCUUCUCUCCUUCACAGGAUCAAACAUGCCAACAUCGUGUCUCUGGAAGAGAUAUUUGAAAGUAAAACGCACCUCUACCUUGUCAUGCAACUGUAAGUAUUCGCACGCAGGGGUCUGUGUCAUUUGCCAGUGUGGUAGCCCGUGCUCUCUACCACACCAGCGCUGCAUGUCACAUGCUGUUAAUCUCACCUGGGAACUAAUUUUGUCGCUGUAACACUCCCAACUUACAUGUGUGUGAACACAGUCAGGAAAACACUGUCGUCCAUCUAGUCAGUAACAUCAGUGAGGUCUUAACCAUCGCACCUGCAGCCUUGUCAACCUCCCACCCGCCUCACUCACUGAAAUGUCAAAGAAAAUAAAGACAAAGCAACAAAUCAGGAGUGCUGUAAGCUGAAAAUAAACAUCAUUAAUGUUUUAAAUAAAGUCAAAGGGAUUUAUCAAGAGAAAGAUUAGAGAUGCACUCCUCUUUUGGUUGUUUUUCUAAAUAUAUACAUAUAUUCGUGAUCCUGUGCCUUACUGCAGUAUGAAUUUCCACAUUUUUUUCUCUCUAAAAAAAAAAACAGUAGUGCUGGAAGAAAUGCUCCCAUUGUUUGUUUCUUGUUUUUUCUUCCUCAUUUGUUUCUUGUUUUCCUCCUCCAUCUUUCUGUUUUGCUCCCCCAGGAUGUGUGACUGUGUGUUCAUGUGUAAAUACCGGAGGCCCAAACUAACUUGUAGAUUUCCUGCGGACAGAAUGAAGUCUCCAUCUAGUGGCAGCCUAGUGUAUUGCAAGCUAGAGAUCUUACUAUAGUUUUUAUGGGAAUUUUUAAAUUUCACAGGGAAAUGCUUUUAUCUUUCUAUUUUUAACGUGUUUAUUUAUUUAAGCUUUAUGAGUGUAGUACUUCUCAAAUAAUGAACAAAUGUCCUUUUACUAACUAGUCUACAGAUCUUUGACAAAGACUCUGUGAUGUGUCCUCAUCCUCACUUCCGUGUAACAUUUUAAGCUGUAUUGGCACUAAGUGAACUCCAUGAUUUUCAUAUGACGAAGUUCAGUGUGAUGCUCAGUUUUUUUUCUCCGUUUCAUUUUUCUUCCUUUCCAUUCAGGGUCUCUGGUGGGGAACUCUUUGAUCGUAUCAUAGAGAAGGGCUUCUACACAGAGAAAGAUGCCAGCAAGCUCAUUCAGCAGAUCCUGGAUGCCGUCAAAUACCUCCACGACAUGGGGAUCGUGCAUCGAGACCUCAAGGUCAGCCCCGGGUAACAGAUUCAUUAGAAAAGUCGGUGUGCACCUGAGUAUAUAUCUGAAAUAUUUCAACUUAAACUCACAAAUCUCAGUUUUUUCCUAACUGGAACAUAUCUUCCAAGUAUCUGUAAUCUUCCAUUUGAGGAUGACUUUGCUGAUGGAAAACAAAAGUUGACUUCGAUGUAAUCCCCUUCGGUACAACCAUAUAAUCCCAUUAUGGUGGAAAUGUGUGUGUGUGUGUGUGUGUGUGUGUGUGUGUGUGUGUGUGUGUGUGCAUUUGUGUGCUCGGUUUUUGCAUGAUUUGCAUGACGCUACCUUAGAAACAUCUCUGGUUCUGAUUUUGUCCUGGCAGCCUGAAAACCUGCUCUAUUACAGCAUGGACGAAGACUCCAAGAUCAUGAUCAGUGACUUUGGUCUGUCUAAAAUCGAGGGCACUGGCAGUGUGAUGUCCACAGCGUGUGGGACACCUGGAUAUGUUGGUAGGAAGCCAAAUACUUUGCUAAAUGUGAAAACCUGCCUCUGAUUAUAAUCUGUUUAUUUUAAUUAAAAUCAUCUUGUGAGUCAUUUUGGAAGAAAAAAAAUUGGAAACUGGGGAAAGUUUCAUCCAAUUGGCCGACAUUUUCUGACUUUAUAAACCCAAAUGUGUGUCAAACAUUGUCAAAUUUUUAUCUGACCUAAAUUCCUCUCUUGUACCGUGUUUUUUCCAUCAGCCCCUGAAGUGUUGGCUCAGAAACCCUACAGCAAAGCAGUGGACUGCUGGUCUAUUGGUGUCAUAGCCUAUAUUCUGUGAGUAUACAGGGAUUUAUAUAAUCUAAUUCACCACUCUCUGUGUCUUUGUUUUGUAGCUGAAUGCUUUCAUCAUUUCAGAGAUAGUAUUUUGUAAAGAAACACGAUAUCUGUACUCUGCUGUGUUCCCCAGGUUGUGUGGUUACCCUCCGUUCUACGAUGAGAAUGAUGCCAAACUCUUUGAACAGAUCCUGAAAGCAGAAUACGAGUUUGAUUCCCCCUACUGGGAUGAUAUUUCUGAUUCAGGUAGGGUUCAUUGAAGCUAUUUUUACCUCUCAAAACCACACAUCUUUGAUUCAUCAUAGAGAUACAGCUGGCACAUAAAAAGCAAAUUACAUUUUCGAGUGAACGCUCUUUUGAACUGAGUCAAAGACCUCCUGUGUUGGCCCUUUUUAUUCCCAUUAUCAGCUAAUAGUAAACCAUGUUCCCAAAAGCUCAACCUUGUGAUUAUCUUGUUUUUAGACUCCCGGGUCCACGCAAAUGUUAAAAAAAACUUAUGAAUGACAUUGAAUGAUAAUCUCAGCUGAAACUAGUUGUCACCUGGUGCGCGCUGGCAUAGAACAUUCACUAAUUCACUUCUCUCUGCAAAAGUAUCUGUCAUAGAACUUGUAAAUAUUAAAUAAGUCAAACAUUGCAAAUGCAUUUCAAACCAAUACAAGUCCUCGCCUUCAUCAUCAUCAUCAUCAUCAUCAUCUUUGAAUAUGAUUCUUAACAGCUGUGGGGCUCACUGAUUCCUCAGCAACAAAUAAGUUUUCCUCUCACCAGAAUACAAAUGUCCCCAGCCAGCAGGAUAAGCCCCAACUCUGAAGUCUUGAGCCAAAGCCUGUUAGCAGACUCUGCUCACCUACAGCAAGUCAUGAGCACAACUAAGAUACCAAGUUCUUUCCAAGAGUUAGGUUUCCAAAACCAAAUCAAGCUCUGUCUUGUGAAGAGAAUGCAAUAUCUGAAGUUCCCCAGUCAGCGUUUUGAUCCGAUCCCUACCUGUCACAUUGCAGGUGUUCAUUCCACAAGCCAAGACAAUGAUCCUAGGCUGGUUUUUUGUUUCUUAGUUCUGGCUCUUGGUCUAUUGACCUGUUUCCUUGCUCUCGGGGAUGGUUGCUUCAACUUUCCAAAGAAAUUACACAAUUCAAAAUCAGCUUAUUUUCUUUAGCAUUUGAAGAUUAUAUUCCUUUUUAUAAUUUCCAUUAAUGUAAACUGAUGCAGAGGCCCUCUUAAAUAAAUAGGCCUUACCAUUAUGUUCCCACUGUGAACUGCUCUAAUAUUUUUUUUUUUUUUUUUUUUUUUUUUUCAUUCCAGCAAAAGACUUUAUUGUCCACCUGAUGGAGAAAGACCCCAACAGACGUUACACCUGUGAGCAGGCGCUGCAGCACCCCUGGUACCUGUCCUAUACUCCUGAUAAGGGCCUGUGUCCACUAACUGCAACUUUUUUGCACUGGCAGCAUCUAUUUUAUUAUUUAAACAAAAUAAUAAUAAUUCAGAUAAAUUUUUUUUUUAGCUCUUAGCAACUCGAGCGCUCGAAGUGUCAUUUCCACUUCAACGACCAAUCAGUAUCAUGGAGGGGAGAACAUCUCUUAUCAACUUUGUCAACGCUGAUCUUGGUGGUCCAUAUAAAGGACAAAACAACCAUUUACGGGGGCAUAAAUCUUCCGAGUUCAGUGCUGCUAAUGCUCCUCAGUAAAGUGCUGCAGGGUAACUUUUGUAACCCAAGUACAGUAAGCACUAGGAAAAAGAGCUCUGAUUUGAGGUUGCGGGCAGUGCUGGUGCACGUAAGUGGAAAUAGGCCCUUAUGAUGCCAUUAUACUGUGAUGAUGGUUUCUAUUUUUUCUGAGGAAUUAUACUGAUUUAGCUGUGAAUGUAAGGUUUUCCCUGUAACUGAGGACUACACUUGAUGUUUUAUCAUCCUCUGCUUGACAGGAUUGCAGGAGAUACUGCUCUGGACAAGAACAUCCAUGAGUCUGUCAGUGCUCAGAUCAAGAAGAAUUUUGCAAAAAGCAAGUGGAAGGUAAGUUAGAUUUCCAGUUUAUCUUGGAUGCACUUUGAUCUUGUACACAAAAGAUUGAGACACACCUUAAAUUUUUCAGUGACUUUUCACCUUGGGGUUUUGAACCCCCCUUUAGCUUUAGAAAUCAGCUCUUGAAGCUGCCGAAGGGGUCCCAGUGGGUGAAUUAUUGGUGCCUCAUAACAAAAUUUCUCCAAAGUUUCUCAGCUAGAUUGUAUUUUGUCUUUUCCCCUGCAGCAAGCAUUCAACGCCACAGCAGUUGUUCGCCACAUGAGGCGCCUCCAACUCGGCACCGGCCAAGAUUCAGGUACAGGAGUUAAUUGUUCCGUUUACAGACACACACACACACACACAUGCAGUUUCAAGUCAGCAGGAAAGAGAUGACCACACAGCCAAUCAUAUGGUGGCCUCAUGAGAACACAUCUUCUCUCGCUUUAGAGUCCUGUUGUGAAGAAGGGUGCUCUCAGACCCUCGAUGGAGCAGCUAAUCAUCUGUCCAGUUGCCCCUACCGCUGCCACCCAACCAGCAGGGUGUGACCCCUUCACCUGCUCCACUUACUCCAGUUUUAACCCCCACGGUGGAGCCAGAGGCAACAUCUCCCCCCCUCAUCUGGUUAGGAAGACAGCGUCAUUCCAGCCUCUCGCCUGCAGGGGGAGCAAGCCUUUCCAGCCUGAGAGGGAGGACAUAAAAAGGGAUGUGAGGAGGAGAAGGAGGGAGACUUGAUAAUUAUGUUAAUGUUAAUGAUGUUGAUGAUACACCUGGUGUGGAUCACUUUUACAGACUGGGUGGAUAGUUUGGGAUGGGUUGAUGUUGGAGGAGAGGAAGGAGGGGAAAGAUAACCUCCUCCACCAGCAUGUCAGGGGGAUUGUUUUUGCAGCGGCAGGUCAGAGCUUGUUGGACUCUGACUUUACUCGUGGUUGCUAUUUCAGCUUGUCUCUUUGUUUUAUUGUUUUAUAUAUUCUUGUGUUGUCUUUUCAACCUCUCACUGUUAGAUUUUAAAGCAUAAAUCCAGAAACAGAAACAGUAGCUGCAUGAUGAGGAGAGUGUUCUCCAUUCAUGUCCUGUUACCUUUAAAACACAAAGCUUUGCACCACAGUACGAUGCAGAGUGUAGAAAACAACAUUAUUCGAGUGGAAAAGCAGAGAGCGUUUUUUUCCAUGUUGAAAUUAAAUUUAAUAUAAUCUUGUACCUUUACAGAGCUGAAUUCUGUCUUAAGGUUUAAACAUUUGGACGGUCAGUUUCUGUUUAGUUUAUGCAAUGAAAAGUACAGUAAUGUAGCCUUUUAUUGUGCAGAUCUAGUGUUUCCAUGCAGUGGUUAGGCUUUAAAGGGGAAAAGCUGUCUCCCUUCUCUUUUUUUAUCCCAAACCUCUUUAACCACUCAAACACAGGGAAAAUAUCUUUGUCUAAGGUGCCUUUAGGCUAUAUAUUGUAAUGGGUUUUGGUUUUCUCUGGAGAUAUUUUGUCUUUUUUCAGCGACAUAGAGUUGCUGUAACUUCAUGUUUUGUAUAUUUUACAUUUUCAACCAUAAGAUGCAGUUUAAUGCUUUUUGUGUCAAAGUUCAGUUUGUAUAUCUGUGAAGGUCGGGCCUGAGUACACAAAGACGCUCUCUGUAUAAUGGAGGGGUUUUAUUCUAUCAAUCAAUAUGAAUGAUGUGAAGCUAAAUCAUUUUUUUACCUUUAAAAACAGUAACAAGAACACGACAGCUACAUGUUUUUAUAGUUAAGGAGCUUCUUGAAUUUGAAAGAAAAUGUGUUCAUUAAUGUUUUGAAUUUCCCUCCUCUCAUUGUUAAACAUGCAUGUUCUUGUUUUCUAUAUAGAUUAUUCAGAAACUGAGCAGCAAAACUUGCCACCUGAAAAUAGGAAAUUAUCAUUUUGAUCUGUGUUGUAAGCCAUCCUGAAGAAUAAGCCAAUUUAACAGGAAUUGUUUUAAUGCAAAAAAAAAGUAAAAGAGCAUUAAAUUUGAUAUGCAUCCAUCACCAUGUACUGUAAUCAUAAAGUCAUUUCAAUCCUUUUCUUUUGUGAUUCUUGGAGAGAUGCGACCUCAGUGUGAGGCCUGUUCAGGGAAAAAAAAAACGGAUUAAAGACUGAAUAUAUCAGAUUGACUCACUCCAUUUUUAUAUACAUCCAGCAGUGCUUUUUAAGUUCGCGUGUGCAUGAGGGACGCUCCGUCCAUUCAUUUAUCCAACUAUUUAGGGAAUACAUGUCUUGUUGUUUUUAGUGCGAUUCUGCAAACAUCCCUGGGCUGUAAACUGUUCAGAAAGAGGAGCUGUGAUGCAUAUUGUUUCAGAUCCUUGGACUUUACCCUUGCCUGGUACAAAGAGAGAGAAAGUCCUGAACGUGGGGUUUCCAGUGGUGCUGAGAUCUUUAGCUUACAGGACCUUGAUCCACAAUCUAAUCAUUCCACUCACUCCUGCAGUUUCUUUUUAACUCUUUUUGGACCAGAUACUUGGUACUGAUAAUGUUUGCAUGGUGUGGCUUGAAAUAUGUGAUCCCCAUGACCAACAAUGAAUGGUGUGUACACAUUCUGUGAUGAUGUUAUAGUUGCCAAAGAUUGGUGCAGAUAAGCGAGGAGUUUCUUCAAAGAUGUUUAGAAGUUUUUCAGAAAGACAAAUCAGAUGCAUCAAAUGCUUUUAUAAUGGUCUGCAGGCUAGAAAGGUUCAGUGUGCUGCUUUAAGAGCUGUUUUCAGGCUUUAAUCUGCGUUGCUGUUGGGUGUAUUUGGGAAGUAGUAUAACUGGUGGUUUUAAACUGUGAUGCAUAGUGAAAAAAUUUACAAUUUCCCCGGCUGUUCAGUUUGAACUCUGUACCUGAUGAAUUGACGUGAGGGAUGGUAAGAACAAGCGCAGGAAAGCAGAGGCACUAAGGAUACUUGACUGAAAAUAUUGUGAUGAACUGACUCUUGAUAAAAACAAAUCUGCGUAAUUGAAACAAUGUAAGACGGAUUAAACUGAGAAUCUCACCUACCGAUGAGGAUACAUUUUUUUGUAAAAAAUCACACACAAAAAUUGUUUCACUGUUGGGCUCCUUCUUUUGCUACAUUCAGGCCCAAUAGUGCUCAAGAAACCCCAAGGAGGGAAAAUGUAUUUCACAGGAAAAAUCAGAGGUAUAUUCAAGAUCCAUUGUAUAAUGGAGCAAAAUUAAUGUUUUGUUAAAAUUAAGCACCCUGAUGAGGCAUUGACGCAGGAAAAAAAACAAAGCACAAUAAAACAACUGAUGAAAUCUAUAACCACACAGUAUCACAUUACCUUACCGCUCAACCACCUGGUUGAUAAAACAUCAAGAAAACUCCUCCAGUCACAGUUAGAGGAAGAAGUAGAGCUGAACUUGUCCUGACAUGGUCUUUCGAUUAUUCUUCAAGCUUUACGCGCAUUUCAUCAGAGGAUUUCUCAGAGCAUCAGCCCGACACAGAGAUGAUCUGUUUUCAUAAAUCCCUGCUUUGAUCACUUGUUCACCCAUUUUCCAGGAUUACCAGUAUGUGAUGAGAUGUAUUGUACAAAUGACAAUGUACAAUAAAUGUGUUGCCUUUUGAUAAAUGCUUUUGGGCUACAACAGUACAUAAUGUAUACACAGAUGCAAUGCAUCAUGGGUUGUUGAAAAGUGACGCAGUGUGAAAGUCAGUGACCUGUGCUUGGAACAGAUUUGUGUGUAAAAUGGCCUACAUUAAAAUCCCUGUCUAUGCACUAUCAAUUUGUCUGAGUCUAUUUGUGACAGAAAACAGUUUUAAAGUCCCACUCCGAUCGUUUUUGUUUUUACAACUUAAAGAGUUCUCAGUGGUCUUUAAAUUGUGAUUAUGAAGUUUUACCAAAAAUCACGUUACCUGUAUCAUUUUCAAGGGCUUUUCUUCUGCAGAGCUCCAGUAGCUCAUUGGCAAUUUGUCUCUGAGUCGUGGGCGGAGACAGCGCUGCUCUGCACACUCGUCUUCACUAUAGACUGUAUAAAGAGUGGACAUCGUCUGCCUCCUCGAUGGGUAAAGCCACUCCGAGAACAGCACCCUCUGGUGACAGGCUGCAGUAAAGGUCAUAAAUCCCGCCUCCUCCAGCAAUCCUUAUGGAGCUGUGGACAAACUUUAGAAAUUUAUUACACAGAAUAUAAUUUUUUCUUCCCCCUGCUUGUGAUGUUGACAUGUAGCUAUUGUAAGACUGGUUUGUGCUCAAGUCCUCUUUUUUUCUGUGAAGCUCCAGUUUUAAAAGUUAUUAGGGGGUUCAUGUUUUCUAUGAUUGACACCUGAUACAGCCUAUGUGCGUACGAAGAUUGCGUAGCUCACCUGGGGAUAUGCUGUUUGAGCCGAGCGUCAUCAUAGUGACUCUCAGCGACUCUCCCGCCAAAUGUGUACAACGCUACUGUGCAAGUGGUGGAGUGCGUACAACGCUUCUUUGCAAUGUUGGUUUCAGGAAGUGGAAAGAAAAAACGUGGAAUUACCGAGAGCUUUUCAGCCUCAAAUCCGUAUACUGGCGGAAGGUGGAACCAAGUUGUCCGUAGUAUAUACAGUCUAUGGUCUACAGUCUUCAUGUUAGCUUGCAGCCUAGCAUUGCCGAUGCAGCAGAAAAGGCAGGUAACCUGGGAGCUAUGUUACUAUGAGCGGGGCUCUGGGGGCGGAGCUUGGAUUGGUUACAUAUGAAAUCUCCCUGUUUCUGAACCUGCCGUUUGGGUCUGCCAGAGAUUCACAGCGAUUUGAAUGAAGAAAUACUCAGAAAAAACAAUUUUGCAUCUAGUUUUCUUAUGAAAUGUCCUGUAGCAUCAGAAAAAUGCCAUAUGAACAUAUAAAAAACAAGAAUUACAUAAUUUCAUUUCAGUGGGUAUUUAAAGCUCUUUUUUGUCAUGAUUGGUUUUAGCUCUUCUACUGUUACAACUGUAUCUUUAAAAGUCAGCACUCUAUCAUCCUUAAACAAAAACAUUUACAGUCUUAUCAAAGCGGACGUGCCGUACUUUUCUUAACGGUAAAACUCUGCAACUGUUCAUCUCAUCAAAUUGUUCAGUGUCUUAAGCGGUUUGUCAUGAAUGUUAAUUUCAUAGUGUGCUCCACCAGGCCUCCGUCCUCUUCACAAAGGAAUGCUGGGUAAUUGAGGCUUGUGGUUUGGCUACCGGAGGAACUUGGUGGAAGAGACCAGAGAGCAGAACGAGUCCAGCUAGGAGAAACGGGAGUCUGGUGGUUGACCUCAUUCAGAGACAGUAGACAGAAUAAAAAUGAUGCGGUCAGAGCAGGAACAUGGGGCUCGUUCACAAUAAUGGGAGAGAAAUUGCACAGAUGACAGGGUAAAAAUACAACUGUUUGGAUGGGGGGAAAAAGUGACAAAAGUGUAAAAAAUUGGACUGAAGAUAGACUGUAGGAUGGUGGAUGUUUCUUGUUUGCAGCUCAGCAUUACAUCUCUCUCCAUAUCAAAUAAGAAUCACUGUAACUGAUAUUGUGUUUAUUCCACAUGUGUCUCCCUGCAUGUUGUUGCCCUUGCUUGCAUGGAAUGUGAAAUAGAGACUCGAUGCAGCGAUGAGCCAAAAGUGAACACAGGAGUGAGUGAUUCAACUUUAUUGUUUGCAUGAUGGUUUAAAUAGGCAGUGUCAGAAAUCGAAACCUCUGAGGAAACAUGAAAUAGAAGGGCUGAUCUGGAAGUCUGCACACACUUAUUUAGUGGUUUGAGUCACACCAGCAAGACUCUAAAUCAUCAGCACACUUGUUUUGAAAGCUGGCUAUAAACAAGGAUAAUAGCCUAGAUAAACUACUUCAUGAAUCUUCUGAUUGAUAGAGAGGUUAAACUCUUGCAGUAUAUUCAAAACAGAUAGUCUACUGUUCAAAAUGUUACUUUUAUGACAAAGCACAAAAUGCACUAACUGGUUCAUCUACUAUGCUUGCAGUUCAGAUAGCAUUGGUAGAUGACUGAAAACAGCAAUGAAACAGGGUGGUAACAUUAAUAAAUUCAUGUUUUCAGGUGGACUAUUCUCAAACAAGUAUAUUCAUGCAGGUUUACCGCAGAAGUUUGGCAUGUUCCCAUGCUGAAAUUCUCAAGAAGCAAACCUGAGGCUAAUAUGGCGUGCAGCUUUUAGUCUAUGGGAAAAAUAGAAAUCACCUCAGAUAAAAAGAGUAAAAAUGUAACUUUGUGUGGAUUAAAGGCAAUGAAAUUCAGAUACAUUUACAAUUCCUCUGUCAUGUUUUUGUUUUGUUUUUUAUCCUGCAGAUGUUUUCAAUGAAUAGUGGGUCAAGACAACAGCAGGCCAGUUUAGCACCCAGACUCUUUUACCAUGAAGUCAUGUUGCUGUCAUGCAUGCAAAAUGUGGUUUGGUCUGUUGUUGCUGAAAUAUACAAUGUUUAUGUGUAUGUUGCUUUAAAAUCUGUGCACACAUGUCAGUAUUAAUUGUGCCUUCCCAGAUGAGUACGCUCCUCAUGCUUUAGACACUGAUGCAUCCUCAUAACAUCAUAGGUGUUAACUUUUGUUAGACAGGUAGUUUCUCUCCUCUUUUAGCAGAUGAUGUCCAUAAGGAAUAUUAAAUAUCCAUUCAUCAGAUUAGAACAGUUUGUUUACUGUU